GGCGGACAACAGCCCCUGAACGCACCAUACCACUCUUGUCUCCUUUGGCUCUUUGAUUUAUGUGGCGUGCGGAAAAUUCGGGCGAUUCUGCUGCUCGACCAAUCAGCAGCAUUUGAAAAUGAGCUCGAGCCAAAGACCGGCGGCGUCCCUUUCCGCCGCAUCAGUCCGGGCUCGGUUCGGUUUCGCCGCGCGCCUCUAAAUGUAGCAUAGCAUGUAGCAUCACCAAAAAUGCACUAUCAAGUCAGGCUUUUAAUAAUACUCGAUUCAUUGCUGACUAAGGAGCAGGAGUGCAGUUUAGAAUAAGAGUUUGCUAAUUAUUUUUAUUUAUUUAUUCAUUUUUAAUGCACGUAAUUUGCUUUCGGCCUGGACGAAAGAGAGGAUUAAAUUACUGCUGCUGACGGCGGAUUGUUUUUAUUGGCCUCCUCUUGUCACAUCCGAGACUUUGCUGCUGCUUUUCCGAUUUAAAAAAGAGGUCACCUAGAAGCCAGAUAUGUCUUUUCGAAGAGGUGUGGUCAGGCAGAGCAAGUUUCGCCAUGUCUUCGCCCAGGCAUGGAAAUCGGAGCACUGCCUGGAUGAUGUCAGAGUGUCUCGCGUAACAUGGGACAGUCCCCUCUGUGCUGUGAACCCAAAAUUCCUUGCCGUCAUUGUCGAGGCCGGCGGAGGUGGGACCUUUCUGGUUGUGCCACUCAACAAGACUGGCAGAGUUGAUCAGUCCUGCCCAACAGUGUGCGGUCAUGCAGCACCUGUGCUGGACAUCCAGUGGUCUCCGCAUGAUGACAAUAUAAUUGCAAGUGCCUCAGAGGACUGCACGGUAAAGUUAUGGCAGAUUCCAGAUGGCGGCCUGGCACGCCCAAUGACCGAAGCCAUUGUUACCCUUGAAGGACACAGUAAACGAGUGGGAAUCGUGGCGUGGCACCCAUCUGCCUUAAACAUCCUCCUAACUGCAGGCUGUGAUAACGUCAUCUGCGUGUGGAAUGUUGGCACGGGGGAACUUGUAUACCAGCUGAGUGAUGCCCACCCAGACCUGAUCUACAGUGUGAGCUGGAACAAGGAUGGCAGUGCGUUCUGUACCGUAUGCAAGGACAAGGCCCUGCGUGUCAUCGACCCACGGCGGCGCAUUGUCCUCAAGGUCAGAGAGAGAGUCCAUGAAGGCACCAGGCCAAUGAGAGCUGUGUUUCUUACUGAUGGGAAAAUUAUGACCACAGGAUUCAGUCGUAUGAGUGAAAGACAACUUGCCUUGUGGGAUACGAAAGAUCUCUCAGAACCGAUGGCAGUACAGGAGAUGGAUACAAGUAACGGGGUCCUCCUGCCGUUUUAUGACCCAGACACAAACAUGGUCUACCUAUUUGGAAAGGGGGACUGCACCAUCAGGUAUUUUGAGGUGACGGAUGAAUCCCCAUAUGUUCAUUUCCUCAGCUUAUACAGCAGCAAGGAGCCCCAGAGAGGAGCAGGCUUUCUUAGUAAAAGAGGUGUGGAUGAAAAAUGCGAAAUUGCCAGGUUCUACAAACUGCAUGAAAGAAAAGUUGAGCCCAUUUCUAUGACAGUGCCGCGAAAGUCAGAUCUGUUCCAAGGAGACCUUUACCCAGACACAGCUAGCUUGGAGCCAGCUCUCUUAGCCGAUCUGAUCGCUGGAAAGGAUGCACCGCCCCUGUUGGUGUCCUUGAGUGGUGGUUACGCUGCACCUCCGUCCAAGCACAGGGACAGCGUCCGAGCAAAACCCAAGCUGGUCUCACAGGACUCCGGGACUGGGGUCACCCCGGCUUCUGCAGGCAACGUAGCACCUCCAACAUGUACCUCUACCGCCACGGAGGCAGAAGGAGAAGAAACAUCCAGCCACAGCACUGAAGACACUGACGGGAAUUCUGAAAGACCGAAAAGAGAAGAUGACCUGUUGAGCGAGUUGCUAGCAGAAAUGAAGGCCUUGCGGGCUGUUGUCCUUUCUCACCAGCGAAUUGAGUUACUGGAGAGGCAGCUGGCUCGCAUUGAAGACGGGGACGUAUGAGACCCUAGCCAUUGUCGGCCAUUUUUACUAAUCAAUAGACCAUAGCCUUACUAGAGUUAAUAAUUUCUGAAGCUGUGUGAGUGGGAGGCUGUAGCGUAGGUUAAAGACUAACUGUGAAUCACAGUGUCCUGCCACUAGAUCACAUACAGCAGCAGAAACGAGACCAUGAUUUCCUGUGAGUCUUAUGAGCCUCAAAAAAAGUGGGGUGUCAUCUGCAUAGAAUGACAUUUAAUUGUUUUCACAGCUUUGGUAUUUGCAAACUUCACCAAAUUAACUCUCAAGGUUAUGCUACUCACGAUAAUAUUAAAGCCACAAGUGACAAGCUAUAGCAAAAUAGUUUAACUGCAAUAUUAUUUAUUUUUUCUGUCUUAAGCACUCACAAAAUUGUCCAUUAGGGCUUUUAAUCAGGUAGUUAAAGCUGCUUAACUGUGAUGUCAUAUCGGAUCACAAAUUGUUGACUUAUUGUGUGACUUUUGGACAUACGUGAUGCUCUGCGUAAGGUUAAAGGUCGGGAAAUAUCCUGUAAGUUAUUUUGACUGAUAAUGUGAACGAUACCUGUGUUUUAGUCGGUGUAGGCUUUGUGAUUUUGUACCUCAUGUUGUCAGGAGAGAAAAGUAUCUUUGUGAUGUCAUAGAGACGGGUUUUCUGUAGUCAUGAGGCCAAAAUCAUGACAAUAUUAGCAUUAAGAUAUGUCUGCAGGA